GCGUUGAUGCUACCGUACCGUAUUGCAUCUUCCCGAUCCUUCGGGAACGGAACGGAAUAGAAGUAGAAGUAGUCGGUACUGUACAACGGAAAGGAAUAUAUGAUAUGAGACUGAUACAGCACUACGGGUACCGGAUUUUUGUAUUCCCUGUCGGUAACCGAGAACGUCAUUUGCUCCGGUACUGCUUGCAGUUAACAGCAUCGGUUCCGCUCUCGUGCAAACUCUACCGGACGAUCGGACUACCGUACCGGUGCCUUACCAUGCUCCCACCAACUAUUGCUAUUGCUAUUGCUACUGUUAUUGCUACAGCGACUACUACUACAGCGACUACUACUACGAAGGCUGUUUCUGUGUAUGUGUGAUUGGGGGAAAAAGAUCUGGGCAGAUUGUAUUGGUGGAUCGGGAUACAAAGUUCAGAACAAGUUACGGGUGAUCGAUUACGACUUCUAUUUGUGGUCGCCCGAUUCCAUUAACGAAUGCGUGCGUGUUGUGUUGUGUUGUGUUUUCUUGUCCAAGUGGCGAGGAACAGCAGCACACACACCGCACGAAUGGACGUGAACGGUGGAAGCAACCGAGGCGUUUACUGUUGUCUCUUGGCUGUUGUCUCUUGGCCGUCCGGUGUCGAGAGUGCUGUUCCGCUGGUAGCAGGUACCGAGACGCACCCCGCAAGAAUACCGUUCGGCGAGGAGGCCAUCGGGCCGCCCAGCAGCUUUUCCCGUUGGAGGUUUUCGGAGGUUAGGCCCCGCGGAGCCUGCGGGGGACUCCCAAGGCUUGCCCGCUUUCGUCGCUGGUUUCGUUGUGGAUUUUGUUGCGGUCGCUCCUGCCGUCGCUGUUGCCUCCGCAAUCCCGAGAGCAGUCGAUCGAGAGGGUGUAGCAGACCGCUCUGGCACCCGGAGCAGCGUCCGAGUGGCAGCACCGGGGAACUUUCGCGGUGUCGCCCUCACCGAGAAGACCCUUCUUGUUGCUCGGAACUUCCUGGAGGCAGAUGGUGAGGUAGGCGGUCUUGCUGGUGAUGCCGCAUCGGAUGGAGACACUGUCGAUGGGGGCAUCGUUCGUGUUGCUGCUACUUCUGCCGCUGCCAGAGGACGGACGCGAAGGAGGGAGAUUUUGCUCCUGGACGCAGCGGUGCUCAAAGAGGGAUGGCUGGUACUCGUAGAAGUAGUUCUCAACGGUGUUGGCGUUGGCGUUGGCUGUUCCCCAGGCCUGAAAGAGUUCCACGGUGGCCGUGGUUCCGUCCUCGGACACGGAAACCACGCGGACAGCCGUGGGCUGGUCCGGUGGUCCCGGGUAGGGUGUGGCGCCCCUCGUCGCUUGCAGUUUGAGGAGGCCGCUCUUGGGGCAAGCGUUGGGAUUCGUCGUUGGAGAAGGCCGGCCGGUAGGAAGAGGAGAGGGAAAACCCGUCGGCUCCCCGGUGGUUGCGGAGGUUGGGGGAUUGGUGGACGACGAGGUCGGUUCCGCGGUUUGUUCCGCGGUCGGUUCCACGGUUUGUUCCGCGGUUUGUUCCACUGUCGGUCGAACGGUGGGAGACGCGGUGGGCGAAAGAGUCGGCUUCUUUGUUGGUUCUUUGGUAGGGGAAAGUGUUGGCUUUGUUGUCGGUUCCCUGGUGGGAUCUUUGGUAGGGGAGAGAGUUGGCGGCUUGGUGGGUUCUUUGGUGGGUUCUUUGGUGGGUUCCUCGGUGGGUUCCUCGGUGGGUUCCUCGGUGGGUGGCCCGGUCGGGUUUCUUGUCGGAGCCGUCGGCACGCAGACCCCCUCCUUCACCAGCUGCGGCGUGUCCCAGGCAAAGAAAAAGUUGGACCUCCCGUACCAGCUACAGUGCUGUUUCGGGGCGACCUCUAGGAGCUCAAAGGGGCAGUAGGCCUCAUAGGUAAAGGUCCAGCAGGCCGUGUCGACAAAGCCAAAGACGACGCUCCGCUUUCUCUGGAGAUCGGUCAGGCCGGCCGGGCCGUUGUCUCUUCCCGGGUUGUCCCAGCGGGUCCCGUCGGUCGUCGCCGAGAAGACGGUGCGGGUUCCGGGCCUGCAGGGGGGAGGGGACACGGCUUCUGCCCCGUCCCCCUCGCAGGCCACACCGAGCUCUGUGGACGGGUGCAGGACGUAUCCGCUGGCUUGGGAAGCGUCGAUGAAGAGCCGCUCGUGGAUUCCCCUUUUCCCCCCCGAGUUCUUGCGGCGGUCCAGAUCGUAGACGGACCUGCCAGCGGUAGAGAUGGGUGCAUGGAUGAACAGGUGUGGACAGACCAUGCAUUUUCAUGUAUGCAUGUUGACGCAUAGAUGCAUGAGGAAAUGCGUGGAUACACACGUACGCAAGGUAUAGAACGAAAUGAUCGUAGCAGGUGGAACGAAAAUGGAUAGGAGUGAGUGGCAGGGUCCUGAGCAAUACGUGCUUUGUGGCACGCAAGCAUCGACGCAUCGAAGCAUCGACGCAUACACACACACAAGCAUACAAUCGGAACCACAAUUCCCGACAGCACCAAACUCCAACCUCAAACCUCAAUGCUCGGCACUCAAUGCUCGGCACUCAAUGCUCGGCACUCAAUGCUCGGCACUCAAUGCUCGGCACUCAAUGCUCGGCACUCAAUGCUCGGCACACACUCACCACUGGAAGAAAUCCGCCACCACCUCGUUGGUGGUGCCCGGCUCGACGAAACAGAACUCGAAGGUCCCGGACCCUGAUCCGGGUUCGUCCCGGACUGUCUCGAGGGCGAUCUGGCCGAAGCUCCCCUCGUAGAUGGGGUCUACGAGACCCGCGGCACCAUCUCCCGAACGCACCGAAUCCGGGGCAUCGUCCUUGGUCCGGACGAGGAGGUCGACGGGUCUCCCGCGGAUGGUCCCGAUGGAUCCGUAGCGAAGGGAUCCGCCGGAGAGGGCGCCCGCGAGGUCGUUCUCCUCCACGGUGGCCCUGCCAAAGUCCAGCCAGGUGGACGGCGGCGACAGCGGGACGCCGCCCGCGACCCUUUCGCAGAAGGGUGCUCCGGAAGCGGAAGCGGAGGCAAGGGGAAUGAUUGGCGCACCUGUCAGAAGAAGGACCGCCGAGAGGGCCGCCGAGAGGCGUGCGACGGUGCCACUGGUAAGCGUGGUGGUUGGCAUGGUUGGCAUUUGCUUUGUCUUGUUGUGGUUUGCUGUUGGUUGUUGUUUGUUUGUUGUUGUUGGAUCGAACCGCAACGCAGCACGCAACGAAACGGAUUGGUUCGGAAAUUGUGAGAACGGGAACGAACAAAGAAUUUGGUCGAUCGAGAGAAAAUGCCUUUGUUUKGAACAAACGACUCUGACAAUGCGUGCAUUCGCUUCGGUGAUCCCCAAACAAAAAGCAUUUGCCGUCGAUAGGAAUGUGAGAAGGUUCCUAUGUGCAUAACAUAACGCAUCAUAACAUCACAGAACGUCACACCGGAUCACAUCGCUCACAAUAUAUAUGUACAAGUGGG